UGGCGACAUCGUACGGUCGUUUUACGAACUACACUCCUUACUUGUUACUUACGUGUUACCUCAACCUCAAUCAACUCAAUCGAAAUGGCUGACACCGCUGUUGCAUCCGACGCGCCCGCGCCCACCACCCCCGCGAAGAAGCCGAAGGCAUCCGCAGCAGCCAAGAAGCCGAAAGCGAAGCCCACGCACCCGAAGACCUCCGAGAUGGUCAACAAGGCCAUCAAGGACCUGAAGGAGCGCAGCGGCUCGUCUCUGCAGGCGAUUAAGAAGUACAUCGCCGCGUCUUACAAGGUCGACGCUGAAAAGCUCGCGCCUUUCAUCAGAAAGUACCUGAAGAGCGCCGUCGAGUCCGGCGCGCUGAUCCAGACCAAGGGCAAGGGUGCGUCCGGUUCGUUCAAGCUCGAAUCGAAAACUUCCGCAGCCAAGAAGCCAGCAGGCGCCGCCAAACCGGCCAAGAAGGCUGCCGCCGCUAAGAAGCCCGCCAAGAAGGCCGUCGCUGCGUCCUCCGCCGCCGCCAAGAAGAAGUCCGCCUCCGCUUCACCGUCUAAGCCCAAGUCUGCGGCUGCCACAAAGGACAAGAAAGCCGCCGCCGCUAAAAAGAAGCCCGCCGCGAAGGCGAAAAUCGCCACACCCUCAAAGGCUAAAAGCGCCGCACCCAAGGCAAAGAAGACCGCCAAGCCGCCGACUAAGAAGCCGAAGGCGCCCAAACCGAAGAAGGCUGCCGCUCCCAAGGCGAAGCCCGCAGCUAAGAAGUCCUCCGCCGCCGGCAAGAAGUAAGCCGACGACGGUUUUUGUUGUGUUGCUUGCCGCCGCCGCCGCCGCAGUGACUACACGAAGCCAUCGAACGUGCGCCAUCGUGUUCGCACCGUAUGUCGUCGGCACCGUUGGUGGUGUUGUUGUUGCGCUGUUGUAUCAUCUACUCG